ACUGUAUCCCCCGCCCUCGCGCUCGUCCGCGAGCCCCUCACAAUUACCUGUUCUACCAGAACUGACGCGAGCGCGAGUUGGCGAGCACAUGCCACGCUGGAAGAAGAGCCAAAAAGAACUGAAGUGAAACUGCGGCUGUGCAGCACCAGGCUCCCGAGGACGAUUUAAACCAAUCCACCAAAAACAAAACAAAAAAACUCAAACCAAACUGUGUGUGUUUUUUAAACAAACCUCUGGAAGAGCCCACUGAGGAUCUGUGAAACUCGCAAGGAUGCACUUGUUGUCCGCCGGCUGCGCGUCUGCCGUCCUCCUCGUCGCGCUUCUCAGCCAAGUCACCUCUUUGGAGCUUAUUACUGGCCAGUAUGGGGAAAUGCUCAAGAUCCCGUGCAACAGUGGAGCCAUAAAGGCAGAAGACAUCGCCAUCACUAAAUGGAAAUAUGACAAAGGGGAUGGAGUUCCAGGAUACCUGCUGGUCAAGCAGAAAAACCAGAAUGUCUCAAUCAGCGCCACUGAUGAAUACAAGGUCCGUGUGAGCAUGGACGAAAACUCCAGCCUGCUGAUCUCUGCCGCCAAGCUCAGCGACCAGCGGACUUUCACUUGCAUGGUGGUGACCGGCGGAGACGUGUUUGAAUACCCAGUUAAUGUCCUAAUUCACAAGUUGCCGGCAAAGUUGGAGAUUUCUGAAAAAGCAGAGGAGCUAGAGAUUGGAAGACUUACUAAGCUUGGAAAAUGUGUUGCAAAAGAUGCCAACCCACCUGCAAACAUCACAUGGUUCAAGAACAAUAAACCUCUGGAGGCUGAUGGGAAAGGGAUUUCCAUCAAAGCUUCUGUUGCGAUAGAGUCUGGUACCGGCCUCUCGACCACUACCUCCAUACUCGAGUAUUCUGCAACGAAGGAAGACACAGGCGCCAAGUUCGAAUGCCGUGCUGACAGUCUACCGCUGGAAUCCUCUUCCAUGAACUUUACUAUUACCUACUCCACGGAGAACAUCAUGCUUGAGGUCAGUCCUCAGAAAGAGCUUAAAGAGGGAGACAACUUGACUUUGAAGUGUGUGGCAGAUGGUAACCCAGCUCCUACCAGCUUUAACUUUCACCUUAAGGGGGAGCUGGUGACAGUGGAAAACACGGAUACCUACACCAUCGCGAAUGUCUCACGCAACGCCACCGGUGAAUACAAAUGCUCCCUAAUUGAUGACACGUCCAUGGAAGCGACCAGGAACAUCACCGUCACCUACCUAGACAUCAAUUUAAGCCCCUCUGGGAAUAUCGUCAAGCUCGCUGGCGAUGCCUUGAAUCUGAGUCUUCAGAUUGAUUCUUCCGGAAAGGCAGAGGUCUCCUGGACAAAGAAUAAUACUAAACUGGACAAACAGCCCGACUUUACCAAGCUCGGUUACUCGGACUCUGGUCGCUAUGAGUGGACGGUGACAGUUGGACACAUCACCCGGACAGCUUCUUUUGAUCUUACUGUCGAAGGUCCUGCAGUUAUAAAGAGCCUGUUCAAAAAUCGCAGUAAUGACGGCCAACAUAAAGUCUUGACUUGUGAGGCUGAAGGCUCUCCAAAGCCAGCUGUUUCCUGGAGCAUUAAUGGCACUCUGCUUAGUGAAAGUCCUUUCAUCAAUGGCAAGAUUACACACAAGAUCAAAGUUGUGCCCUCUGCAAAUCUAACUGUCCACUGUACAGUGACCAAUAGGCUUGGCGUUGAUUCCAGAGCUAUAAAUGUGUCCUCUUUAAUUGAGGAGGUGAGAAUGGAUAAACAAGAUCAGUCGGAAGACAGCGACCAAACCAGAUUGGUGGUUGGUGUUAUAGUGGGUCUCCUCAUCGCCACUUUGGUUAUAGGACUGGCAUACUGGGUUUACUCGAAGAAAUCCAAGCAAGGAAGCUGGAAGACCGGUGAGAAGGAGUGUGGGUCUUCCGAGGAGGAGAAAAAGCUGGAGGAGAAAGUGGAGGAAAACAGCCAAAAAGCUGAGGUGUAAAGAAACAGCAACUGUUCUUGAAACGGCGAUGCGAAAGUGAGAACGUGGAACUUUUGCACAUUUCUCUUCACCUCUGUCUUUGGGGAGGGAGGGGGGGGGAAAGAGUGUACACUGGGAUGAAGACAGUUUGGAUUUGGUUUCAGGGAGAAUUUUACUAAAAACAAACAAAAAAAAGCAUAUCCAAACAUCUCCCCGAGCCCAUCAACCCCUCACUCCCCCCAUUCCUAAAAAAAAGAAAAAGAAAAAAAAGAAAAGAAUGGAUACUGUAUGUGAUAUACAUAGCCUGUCUGCACUACUGAUACAUGUGUAAACCUGUCUACUAUUAGGAUUCAUGUUCGUUAGAAUGGAAAUUGGAAAGCUGAGAAAAUGCAAAAUCACUACUAGACCAGUUGCCUUUGAUGUAAGGAUGUGUAGGCCUGCGUUAGUCUGUGUUCGACUUUUUCGGCCCUCGGGACAUAGCAGGGACCAAGGGACAUUACCGCCAUAGUUUGUGUUUUUUCGGUUUGUCUUUUUUCAUUUCACCUCAUCACAGUCAAACAACCUCUGCCUUUGACAUCGAGGUCAUAAAUCCAUUCACUUCUAUCAUUAUUUCAGUUUGUUCAUUCAGGUUACAAAAAAAAAAGCUGAGAAAUUGAUAAAAUCCUGAAAGGGCUAAGGGUAUUAGCAUUAGUUUUAGAUGUUGUAUAUCAGCAAGGACAUGAUGUUUCACAAAGGUGUUUUUUUAAUUAUUAUUAUUAUUUGAUUGUGUGUAACCAGGGGAGAAAAUUGCAGAAACUCGAAACUCGCCAACGUUCUUUACAUUUAGCGUAGCCACCUAACGACACAAGCAGGUAGAUUAUUGGGAGAAUGUAUAGCACAGUUUAAACCUUUUUUUAUUGGCUGUAGUUUGGCUGCACACAUAGUUUUUUUUGCAUGAAAGCAACUUAAACAUGAAGUUCACUUUCAUGCUUCUCUUUCAAAAAAUAGUAGUAAGGAAAAGGUUGUUUUUAUGUAACUCCUCUAUAAGUUUGUGCUCCAUCAGUGUUGAGGUACGAGUGUUCAUUCUGUAGCUGUGGCAUACUUCUGUAAUCAAAGACACCCAGUGAGCGGGAUGUUUGUCUUAAAGUAGCCUUUACGAUAUGUUUGCCUUCUUUUAAAAAUCUACCUGUAACAGCUUAAGUUUGUGAUGUGCACUAGGGUUCAUGUUUCAUGUCGAGUUUGUGUAGAAUACGAUGGAAUACCUGCAGCUGUACAUGUCACGGUUUUGGUCCCUCAAGAGCAUUUAAUGAAUUUGAAAAAGCAACGAGGCCAGGAUGUAGUUGUGACGUACGUGAUUUUACUUUUCCUUUUUGCUAUUUAUAUUGUACAAGACUAAAAUAUCCUGGUAGGCGCAUUCAAUAAUGGUCACAUAACUCAUGUCUCGGAUUUAAACCACUGAUAAAUUGCUUGCAGACUCUACAAAAAAUGUCAUUAAGUUCUGAGUCAUCAGUAGUUUGCUUUGUGUCUGGUUGAAUAAUAUAUUCAGCAUGUGAGAAUCUCAGACCUCCAAGCUGCUGUUUGUUGCCUACCUUGUGCAAAACCAUCUGAUUGGAAGAAUGACCAAAGAAAGUGAACAUUGCCAUGCAAGUAUUGUAAAUAUCUGAUGUUUGUUUUUGUACUUUUGUUUAAAAUAAAGUGUACAUUUGGAACAGUUAUGUCCACUCAAUGUUAAUUAUGUUGUUAUCAUUUUUCUCAUUUUUUUCAUCUGGUCAUCUUUUGAAAUAAAAAUAAACACGGUU